GCUCAUUUCUAAAGUUUCUCGGGGAUACAAUUAUGUAGUCUUUUAGUUCUGUUCUUUAUUAUAACAAAAGGAUGAAAACGGAAAUAUGUUAUAUUUAAUUAGAGUUCUAAAUUAGAAUUGCAUGCUAACAUUAUAAACAAGAGAAUGAUCAAAAGGAACAAGCAUUACAACCCCCCCCCUUCUGCUGGUUCUAAAUGGUAUCUUCCAAACAGAUGACAAAGUACCUUUGGCUGAAUCACACGUACAGGGACAGGGUUUUUAGUAGAACGGGAGGCUAGAAGGUAUUGUAAUUUUUAUUUAAAGCUUAGCAGCGUACCCAUCUGAGAAUUUAGAGAGAAAAGGAAAGAAGUAUUUUUAACCUUUGAGAAAAGAAAGUUUUUUUUAAUACUAAGGAAGCCUAGAAAACCCAGCUGCCUUGCUAUGCUUUAAAACUACAUUGAGUAGAGUUAAUGUUUACAUUUUCAGUGGGGAGAAGGAUAACCAAACCAGGAUUGUUUUCGUCUCCACCUUUUUGUGUUCCCCUUCACUCCCUUUUGAACUAUUAGUGCAUUUAAAGGAAGAAUAUGGAUAUGUCUGAUCCAAAUUUUUGGACUGUCCUCUCAAACUUUACAUUGCCUCAUUUGAGAAGUGGAAACAGGCUCCGUCGAACACAAAGUUGCCGGACAAGUAAUAGAAAAAGUUUGAUAUGCAAUGGACAGUCUCCAGCUAUGCCUCGGCCCCAUUCACCGCUUUCAGCUCACACAGGGAGCAGUCCUCAAGACAGCCCUCGAAAUUUCUCUCCUAGUGCUUCAGCCCACUUUUCUUUUGCACGAAGGACUGAUGGACGACGUUGGUCAUUGGCAUCUCUCCCCUCCUCUGGCUAUGGUACAAACACUCCCAGCUCAACUGUCUCAUCAUCCUGUUCUUCCCAAGAGAAGUUGCACCAGUUACCGUACCAACCAACACCAGAUGAACUACAUUUUUUGUCGAAACAUUUCUGUGCCACUGAAAGCAUUGCCAGUGAUAAUAGAUGUAGGACCACUCAAAUGCGGCCACGAUCCAGGAGCCUCAGCCCUGGACGUUCUCCUGCUUGCUGUGACCAUGAAAUAAUGAUGAUGAACCAUGUGUACAAAGAAAGAUUCCCAAAGGCAACUGCUCAGAUGGAAGAACGACUUCAUGACAUUAUCACCAGCCAUUCUCCUGACAACGUCCUUCCCUUGGCAGACGGAGUGCUCAGUUUCACCCACCAUCAGAUCAUUGAGCUGGCUCGUGAUUGCUUGGAUAAAUCUCAUCAGGGUCUCAUCACCUCACGAUACUUUUUUGAAUUACAGCACAAAUUGGAUAAGCUCCUACAAGAGGCUCAAGAAAGGUCAGAAAGUGGAGAACUGGCAUUUAUUAAACAGCUUGUCCGAAAGAUUCUUAUUGUCAUUGCACGUCCUGCUCGCUUACUUGAAUGUUUGGAGUUUGAUCCUGAGGAAUUUUACUAUCUUUUGGAAGCUGCAGAAGGACAUGCAAAAGAGGGGCAAGGCAUUAAAACCGACAUCCCUAGAUAUAUUAUAAGUCAGCUAGGAUUGAAUAAGGAUCCUUUGGAAGAAAUUGCUCAGCUAGCUAACUAUGACAGUGGAACAGCAGCAACUCCAGAAACUGAUGAAUCAGUCAAUAGUUCUAAUGCAUCCCUUAAACUUCGAAGGAAGCCUCGUGAAUGUGAUUUUGAAACGAUUAAACUGAUUAGUAAUGGAGCAUAUGGUGCUGUUUAUCUGGUGAGGCAUAAAGAAACCAGACAGAGGUUUGCCAUGAAGAAGAUUAACAAACAAAAUCUCAUUCUUCGAAACCAGAUUCAGCAGGCUUUUGUUGAGCGUGAUAUCCUGACAUUUGCCGAAAAUCCAUUUGUAGUCAGCAUGUAUUGUUCCUUUGAAACUAGACGCCAUUUAUGCAUGGCCAUGGAAUAUGUAGAAGGUGGAGACUGUGCUACUUUAAUGAAAAACAUGGGUCCUCUGCCUGUGGAUAUGGCCAGGAUGUAUUUUGCAGAGACUGUACUAGCAUUGGAGUAUCUCCAUAACUAUGGAAUAGUACACAGGGAUUUGAAACCAGACAAUUUAUUGGUAACAUCUAUGGGACAUAUAAAAUUAACAGAUUUUGGACUAUCUAAGGUUGGCCUCAUGAGUUUGACCACCAAUCUUUAUGAAGGUCACAUUGAGAAGGAUGCUAGAGAAUUUCUGGAUAAACAGGUCUGUGGCACUCCAGAAUAUAUAGCUCCAGAAGUGAUUCUAAGGCAGGGUUAUGGCAAGCCAGUGGACUGGUGGUCCAUGGGAAUUAUCCUUUAUGAAUUUCUUGUUGGGUGUGUACCGUUUUUUGGGGAUACACCAGAAGAACUAUUUGGACAAGUCAUCAGUGAUGAGAUCAACUGGCCUGAAAAGGAUGAGGCACCACCCCCAGACGCACAGGAACUGAUUGCUUUGCUUCUGAGACAAAACCCCUUGGAGAGAUUGGGAACAGGUGGUGCCUAUGAGGUGAAACAGCACCAGUUCUUUCAACACUUAGAUUGGAAUAGUUUGCUGAGACAGAAAGCCGAAUUCAUUCCUCAACUGGAAUCUGAAGAUGACACAAGCUACUUUGACACUCGUUCUGAGAAAUACCACCAUAUGGAAACCGAAGAAGAAGAUGAUACAAAUGAUGAAGACUUUAAUUUGGAGAUAAGGCAAUUUUCCUCAUGUUCACAUAGAUUUUCAAAAGUUUUUAGUAGCAUUGAUCGAGUAACUCAAAAUCAAACUGAAGAGAAGGAAGAUGCAACUGAGAGAACAAAGAAUGUGACACUAACAACUGCAGAAUCUUUGAGUUGGAGCUCAGAAUAUUCUGAAACGCAGCAGAUAUCUGCAUCUGUCUCCUCUGACACUGAAAGUUCUAGGCAGCGUCAUAAUUCAGGGUUGCUUCCAAAAUUGGCUAUAUCAGCUGAAGAAGAAACUCCACGUUCUGCUGGAUCCCGUAAAGAUCAAGGAAAGACUACAUUUGUUAAUGAAGAAACUAUUCAAGAUGAAGUGGAGGUGACAACUCCAGCCAGCACAAUCAGUAGCUCCACACUGUCAGUUGGCAGUUUUUCAGAGCACUUGGAUCAGAUAAAUGGAAGAAGUGAGAGUGUGGACAGCACGGAUAAUUUCUCAAAGCCAUCCAGUGAACAAGCAUCUCAUAUGGCUCGUCAGCGAUUAGAAACUACAGAGAAAAAGAAAAUAUCUGGAAAAGUCACAAAGUCCCUCUCGGCCAGUGCUCUGUCCCUUAUGAUCCCAGGAGAUAUAUUUGGGGUGUCUCCUUUGGGAAGUCCAAUGUCCCCCCAUUCCGUGUCUUCUGACCCCUCAUCCUCCAGAGAUUCUUCUCCAAGCCGUGACUCAUCAACUGCGUCUGCAAGUCCUCACCAGCCUGUCAUAAUUCACACUUCAGGCAAAAAAUAUGGAUUCACUAUCCGAGCAAUCAGAGUAUAUGUGGGUGAUAGCGACAUCUACACAGUUCACCAUAUCGUUUGGAAUGUUGAAGAAGGAAGUCCAGCUUAUCAAGCUGGAUUGAAGGCUGGGGAUCUCAUCACACAUAUCAAUGGAGAGGCAGUACAUGGCCUUGUCCACACAGAAGUCAUAGAACUGUUAUUAAAGAGUGGCAAUAAAGUAUCAAUUACUACAACUCCUUUUGAGAAUACUUCAAUAAAAACAGGACCAGCUAGAAGGAAUAGCUAUAGAGGUCGAAUGGUUAGACGAAGUAAGAAAACAAAAAAGAAGGAGAGUUUAGAAAGGAGAAGAUCCCUCUUCAAAAAGCUGGCUAAACAGCCAUCACCCCUUCUUCAUACUAGUCGGAGUUUCUCCUGCUUGAACCGAUCGCUCUCAUCGGGGGAGAGCUUGCCUGGCUCUCCAACUCAUAGCUUGUCCCCCCGAUCACCAACACCGAGCCUCCGCUCCACCCCUGAUUUCCCCUCGGGUACAAAUUCUUCUCAGAGUAGUUCUCCAAGUUCAAGUGCACCCAAUUCUCCAGCUGGCUCAGGACAUAUUAGACCCAGCACACUUCAUGGAUUGGGUCCCAAGCUUGGUGGGCAAAGAUACAGAUCAGGAAGACGCAAAUCAGCUGGCAGCAUUCCUCUCUCACCUUUGGCACGGACUCCUUCUCCAACACCUCAGCCAACAUCUCCUCAGAGGUCUCCGUCACCCUUACUUGGGCAUUCUGUUGGAAACACAAAAAUAACUCAGGCUUUCCCUACUAAAAUGCACUCUCCUCCCACAAUUGUCAGGCAUAUUGUUAGGCCUAAAAGCGCAGAGCCACCAAGAUCUCCAUUGCUCAAGAGAGUUCAGUCAGAAGAGAAACUUGCUCCUUCCUAUGGUACUGAUAAGAAACACUUAUGCUCCCGGAAACACAGCCUAGAGGUAACUCAGGAAGAAGUUAAUAGAGAGGUAUCUCAGCGAGAUAUAACCCUUCAGAGUCUGGAGGAGAAUGUAGUGGAUGCCCCAUCACUCACACGAGUGAGGCCUGCAGAACAAGGCUGCUUAAAACGUCCCAUUUCCAGGAAGCUGGGCAGGCAAGAAUCUGUUGACGAGCUGGAUAGAGAAAAAUUAAAGGUCAAGAUAGUUGUAAAAAAGCAAGAACUGGCAGAGAAACAAGACCAUUUGCAGAAAGCAAGCACUGUACAUGAACUUUGUGGUGAAUCAGAGAGCUCUGCUACCUCAGGCUUGGAGGAGAAAGAUGGCAAGAAAGCUUUUCAGAAAGUUUUGGAAAGAUCAAACCACUUUGAAAGUAAAAUUGCAGCUCUUGAGACCCAAUCAGUAGGUGGCAUGCUAAAAGACACCCUUCAAAAGAAUGCAGGCUUGAGAUCAAAUGAUUAUAUUGCUUCAGAUACACACACACUAUGUCAUGGGCCUCUGCUUAAUGAACUCAGUCAUUUGUCUUAUGACUUCAAAAGAAUUUCUCCUCCAUGUACAUUACAAGAUGUUCUGCCUCAUUCAUCUGACAAGAUGCCGAAUGGAAAAGGAGAAAAUGCAGAUAAAACUGCACCAACAAAAGAAUUUGUCAAAUUCGAAAGAUUAGAUAAUAAGCUUGCAAAUAUUGAUUAUCUUCGGAAGAAGAUGUCCUUUGAAGAAAAAGAUGACAGCCCCUGUCCAGCAGUAAAGUCCAAACUGACAUCAAAUGUACAUGAGUGCCAUCAACUCAAUGCAGUCAGACCUAUAAAUAUGCUGCAGGAUUCAAGCUCAGUUGCUGAAAGCAGAUCAUUUAUCAGCAGUGUUCACGCUACUCAGAUUAGCUCUGUUCCUUUUGUUCCUCUCAAAGCCUUGAAUGGCCGAACAGAAACUGGUAUGGAGAAAUCAGCCCUGAUUUCUACAGAGUCACCUGUCCGAAAGAGUCCUUCAGAGUAUAAGCUAGAAGGAAGGUCUGUGUCAUGCUUGAAACCAAUUGAAGGCACAUUAGAUAUUGCUUUACUUUCAGGGCCACAGGCUUCAAAGACAGAAGUGUCUUCAUGUGCAUUCCCAGGAGGCCAAAAUUCCAAAAAUGAUGUCCUACUACUCACAUGCCAAGGUGGUAGCAGUGUGAAGGUUGAGCCAUCGUGUCAGAAAGAACAGCCACCAACCUUCCAACAGACCAGUCCUCAAAAAUGUGAUGUACUGGAGUUCCAGCAUUCAAAGCCAAAUAAAAAUAGUCAAAACUCACCAGCAAUAUCUGUAACCAUUGAACAGCAAUCAGAAAAAACAUUGUCCAAUCUCAGUGCUCAAUAUGAACCUUCUAUAAAGAUGUCGAACCAAAAAAAAGAGACAAUCCAAAUUAGUGCAAAUGAGUCUAAAUCUAGCAGCCUCCAAAACCAGAGUCCUGCCUUGACAACCUGCAAGCCUGCCCAAGCACUUGGAAAUCCUGAGAAAGCAAAACGAAAAGAGAAGAAAGCCACCAAAGAAGUGCCUGACAACCACACGAGAGCUCAACGGAGUAAUGCUGUUCUUCUAGAGAAGCCUGAGGUAACUGAAGCUUCCUCAACAAAGAGACCUGUGACAGAAGUGUCCCCAAAUCAGGACUCUAAACACCUGCAGAGAUAUUCAUUUGAUUUGACUGCACAGCUACAAACAUGUGGAACAGCAAAAGUACAGGUUACAAGCUCAAAGAUGAAGUCCAAAGAUAUCAAACAAUCUGCAAAAGAGAAUGUUAGCACCAGUGGAGAAUCUUCAGGAAAUGAAUUGGGCAUACAGAAAGCAUCUUCCAAGCCUGAUGUUUCAAUUCUCCAAAAGUCUUUACAAGCGUCACUUCUCCAAAAGUCAGAUUCUAAUGCUGCUAAAAUGGAAAGAAAUCUGGUUGGCCUAACUGCGCAGAAGGACAGUCCUCGGGACCUGGGGGCAAAAGAGCAGAAGCACUCCAAAUGUGCACAGCCUCCACCUGGUGGCAAAGAGCUCAGCUUUGCUCCUAGACAGCAAGGUAGCAAUUCUGAUAUUCCUGCUGUAAAAGAAUCAUUCAACAGGCCAUCUGUCAAUGAUGUUCCUAUGUAUUACAGUAACCAAGAUAAUCUCAGACCUCCAUCAUAUAUGGAAAAUAGCACUGUUAAGUAUAGACAAGUCCCGGACUCUUGUUCCUAUAAAUUAAAACAUGCUGACAAAUUAACACAAAAACAAAUGGCUACAAAUGUAAAAGAAAAAGAAACUGGUGUUGAGGCUUUGGCUGGUUUUCGAAAGGAGGACAAAAACAUCAGUAAGACUGCAACAGAAUCUUUUUCAUGCUCUUCAAGCUCUCAAAGAAAGCUAAAUAAUGAGCAUAUCCAGGUGGAAAGGCACCAGGUCGGAGAAUGUGGGUCAGAGCCCUCAAUCCAAAUCAAUAGCACCAUACCUGAAAAAUCUCUUAAAUCCUCUAGUAAAAGCCAGACGACAGCAGUAACCCCAGAUAACACUAAGCAGUUUCAAAGGCAAGGGAUGGCAAGCUUAAGCGACCCUGUUGAUCAAAAGCCAUACCAUAUUCGCAACAAGCAAAGCACGCCUCUGAAGGUAUCUGCUGUCAAAGAAUGUCCCGUCCUGAACAAACAGGUGGACAAGGGCCCGAGCAAUCAGACCACCUCUGCCGAAAAACAACCGGAAGGGAAAAAAUGCACAGAUGCACUUUAUUUUCAGAAUGACCGUGGGAAAUCAGACUCUAGCCUUUCCCUUCCCAGCUGUGAUGCCAGAGGAAAAUCCGUGGAAAAGGCAGUCAUGGGCAGCAAGAACCUUCAGGACACUAAAGGAAAAGGACACAUGAAUCAGAAAGAACUAGCAGAAGGGGGCAAGCCGCAGGCAGCAAAACACUCCUGCCCAGCUGCUUUGCAGAGUUCAUGUCACACAGCUGCAAUUACUGCAAAGCAGCUUGACUGCUCAUCCAAUUUCCAUGAAUCUAGACAGGGAGUUUCUGUUUUGCCUUCAGCAAAGGCUAAGCUAGGCUCACCAGAACCUCUGGGAGUGAGCUGCAGGGAAGUGAAAAAACACAUAAGCUCCUCCAUAGCAGAUGGCAGGGCAGAAAUGACUAAAAGUGUUUCACUUUUGGGCUUGCACUGUACUCCGUCCCCCGUGGACGAGCAUAUUCCCAACUCAGACUUAGGGGGAAAGCCCAGAAGCCAAGAGAGGUCUCGCUCUGCUAACACUGUGGACAUAAAGGGGAAAGACCCCAUUCUGCCUCAGUCCUCUGCUGUAAGAAAACAGAAUGUAGGUAAAGAUUUGCCAAAGUCAGGGACUUCCGCUGACUCUCUCAGUGCACUUUCAUCUGACAAAGACUCUGCCCGGCAGAGGCGAGGAAAAGACACCUCGCGAAGUAGCCCUCACAAAAAAAAUUCCCAAUAGCAAGACUUGCAAGUAGGACUUCUUAGUUGAAAAUCUAGAGUCUUGACUUACCUUCAGAAAUCAGCACUGUGUAGUAUUUUCUUGCAGAAAACAAUUCAGCUCCACUUAAGCAGGGUGUGUAAAAAAAAAAGACUUGUUUUUUCCCUCAAAAUGCCUUCCCAAAUGUAACCGGUUAAACUGUUACCAUAUUGUAUUUGUACAAAAAUACUUUUACAAUUUGAAAGACAUGUUGCGGGGGCAACGGCGACAAGUUUUUUGUAAAUACCUGGUAGUGUGUUCAAUUCUGAAUGUAGAGUAUCCACUUUGCUGCUGAUUGCGUUGUUUACUCUUACCUUUUUAACGAUAGUUGCUUUGCCACUGUUUUGCCAUAAUCUAAGAAGAAACUUGGCCCUAGGCUUAACCCACAAACAUACUGGUCUGAUGAGAGGAAAGAGUUGCCCCAUUUUGUACCUGUUCAGAAUUCUACACGUAAAUGUACAAUUUAAGAAAUUAUAGAUCUCGUGGCUGUCAGUGAGUUUAGAUGUGCAUUUUAAGAGACAGAGGUUGAUAGUAUUGUAACGAGCUAGAUUUACUACUUUAAAUAGAUGACCUAACCACAGCUCUUUAAUGCACAAUGUCUGCCUUUUCGUUAGGCUAUGCCGGUAUUGGGGAAGGGCAAGAGUCUUCGCCCCCCCACCCAUUCAGAGGAUAGUUUUCUGGUAAUGUGAAGUUGUGUUCACCUUUCCUUCAUCUUAUCAUAGGCUGAAACUUCAACAUGUUUAUGGGGACCUUAGUUUCUGUUGUCUUGAUUCAAAUAUUUAUUUACCAUCAGGCCUUUCUGGUGUGAAUCCCAUGCAGAAGCACAUACCACAAACUUCUAAACCAUUUUUCAUUUACACUAACGAAGCAUCUUUAGUAUCAUGAUAGGUAGAUUUGAAUAUUUAGUGGCUCAGCUUACUUUUCUACUUUAUGACAAAAGUGGUGAAGUGUGUGGGGCAGGCAUUUUCCAGUGUUGUAUCUAGAUAAUAUUCCCAGCACUUGAUAAAAUAUUUAAUACCUGGCUGGGGCCUUAUGUUGUAGAUUAAGCUUGCUGUUUUUAGCAAGUCACCCUAGGUUUCACAUUCUUUUGGAAGUACAUUAAAUAGCUCUAAACAUUUCAUAUUGUGAUCUUUAUUUGUAUGCAAAAGAAGUAAAUGUAAUUUUUUUUUUAAUAGACACAUUUUUGUAAAAAACAAACAAAACAAGAACGGGGGUGGGGGCUGCUGGAGCUAUUUGGUGCUAGAAUGUGAGUGUCCUUUUUACUUUUGCUAAGCCUUAUUUCAAUGUUGUGGAUUGUGGAAUAUGUCUAAUUUGUAUGAUUAAAUUUGGAGCAAAAGUAUUUGGUUUGGUUGGAAACUUGUACAGCAAUACUCCAGAAAGAUGAUUACAGAUAAGUUUGCUAGAGUGACUCGGAUUCAGAAAACAAUUUGUGAGUGGGUUUUCCGCUUCUCUCUUUCUUUACAAAAGCUCAUUUAAUGGUGACCCUCCUCCAGGGCACUUUUACCUGUUUCCCUAACUAUAUUCACCCAUGCAUAACACAAUUAUGAAUUGGCUGCUUGGAAGAUACUUACCAGUAAGCUAAAUGCAUUUCCCUGGUGGUGGUGGUGGUGGGUGAGAGGAGUGAAUUAGUUUGGAUUUUGUUCAUUUUUAGAAGUUUUGCUAAGAAAAUAGAAAUACCAGCAAGUCUUCGUAAUUUUCCAUGAAGUUCUAAUACAUUCAUUUACCCUUCCAUUUGCUUAUAUAUUUAAAACAACUGGAGGAUUUAAAAAGAAAAAGUAAAAAGAGCAGUCCUAGCCUUUACUGUCUGUAUCUCUGUACUUUGGCAAUGAAAUCAUCGAACACUAAUGCACUCCAAAAUCAUGACAUUUCUAUCUGGGAGGUAUUUCAUAGUUUACAGCUACUUGCAUUUAUAAACCUUCCACUUGUUUUCUUUAAAGCACAUCUAGCUAUCUUGUUUACAAAUGUAUCUUUUAAUGUAUAUUUUGUAUAGUGCUUUCUCACUUCUGCCAAAUAUUUCCCCCCAUUUUGGAAGUGUAGUAGCACCUAAGCUUGCAUUCAUGUAGUCCCUCUUUGUUGAUGUUUAUCUUUCAGUGAACUGUUCAAGAUUCUCUUACGUGUGUACUCUUUUGUCAGUCUGUGUGGUUGUAUAUUAAACUGUCCCUUUGUAGUACUUACUACUGUAGAUUAUCAAAUUAUUAAAGAAAAAAAGUUUGUUAGGAUCUGUGCAAUAAAGUGUUUGCGGUCUUAUUUUCUUUAAGAAACCCCCAUGGAUGUCAUAACCAUUGGAUAUUGAAUAAAAAUAUUUAUACUUAUGCAGUUGCAGAACAUUGAAAUAAAAAUGAGCAUGAAAGGGAA